AUGGCAUAGCCUCUCAUGGCAUCUGCAUAGAAGCUUCAGCCUUUCGGAGAAAUAUUCAUCAUUUCUCGCAGUGUAUGCUCCCACGGCAUCUGCAUAAAAGCUUCAGCCUGGCUGGGAAAUAUGCAUUGGCUGCACAAUGGUCAUAAUCGAUAGUCUUAGUUUCUAUCGUCCGUUCUGGAUCUGCAUGCGAUUGCUGGUGCCGACUUUCUUUAAGGAUUCCCCGCGUCCUGUCCAGCUGUAUGUGGCGUUGCUGCACAUCCUGGUCACCUUGUGGUUUCCACUGCACCUGCUUGUGCAUUUGCUGCUGCUUCCAUCUCCGGCUGAGUUCAUGAAGAACCUGACCAUGUCCUUGACCUGCGUGGCCUGCAGUCUGAAGCACGUGGCCCACUUGUACCACCUGCCGCAAAUUGUGGAAAUCGAAUCGCUGAUCGGACAAUUGGACGCGUUCAUUGACAGCGAACUGGAGCAUCGCUACUACCAGGAUCACGUGUAUUGCCAUGCCAGGCGCUUCACACGCUGUCUCUAUGCCAGUUUUGGCAUGAUUUAUGCGGUUUUCCUGUUCGGCGUUGUCCUACAGGUUAUCACAGGAAAAUGGGAACUUAUCUACCCAGCCUAUUUCCCAUUUGACUUGGAGAGCAAUCGCUAUCUGGGCGCACUGGCCUUGGGCUAUCAGAUAUUUAGCGUCCUUGUGGAAGGCUUCCAGGGUCUGGGAAACGAUACCUACACCCCACUGACCCUGUGCCUUCUGGCCGGACAUGUCCGCUUGUGGUCCAUUCGCAUGGGUCAACUGGGACACUCCGAGGAGGAAACGGCGACGAAUCAUCAGCGGUUGCUGGAGUACAUUGAGCAGCAUAAGCUCCUGGUGCGAUUCCACCACCUGGUGCGUCGCACCAUCAGCGAGGUCCAACUGGUGCAGCUGGGUGGCUGUGGAGCCACGCUGUGCAUCAUCGUGUCCUACAUGCUCUUCUUCGUGAGCGACACCAUCUCGAUGGUCUACUACUUGGUGUUCUUCGGCGUCGUCUGCGUGCAGCUCUUUCCCAGCUGCUACUUCGCCAGCGAAGUGGCCGAGCAGGUGGAACGUCUGCCAUAUGCGAUCUUCUCCAGCCGAUGGUACGACCAGUCGCGGGAUCAUCGAUUCGACAUGCUCGUCUUCACACAACUUACACUGCGCAACAGGGUGUGGGUCAUCAAGGCUGGGGGUCUCAUCGAGCUGAAUCUGAACGCCUUCUUCGCCACCCUGAAGAUGGCCUAUUCCCUCUUCGCCGUCGUGGUGCGGGCCAAAGGUGUAUAGUCGUAGAGCGAGUGUUUAAUUAAAUGGAUUGGAUGGAUCACGACCCGGCCAGCGUAUUGUUAUUGAUUUUGGCCCCCUGAAAUGGAGCAAAAGUGGCGCAAUCAACGCGGGAAAAUGAAAUUUCAUUAAUUGGCCCCGUCGCGAUACGCAAAUAAACAGUUUGCCACACGGAGAGUGAGUGAGAUUCUGAUGUUUCGACCGAACGAACAACAAUGGCACAUUAAAGUGAAAUGAAUUGUUUACGCAUACACAAUUUUUAUUCUGAUUUCUG